AUGGCCCGGAAGCGCUUCUUGGCCUCAUGUGUGUUCUUCCCCACCUGCUGCAGGCAGGCGCUGACCAGCGCCUCGAACCCCUCCUGGGUGGGCUUCUGCUUGAAGCUCAAGUCGGGGAAGGGCGGCACGCCGGGCAGCUCCGAGUCUGCCAUCUUCUGCUUGUCGUUCCCGUCGUCGCUGUGGGGCAGCUCGUCCGAGACACCCUCGUUGGAUUCCCAGGCCCGCCUGCGCAACUUCAUGGCCUCCGCGGCCAGGCAAUCGCAGGCCUCCUCCUUCCGCUUCAGCUGCACGUGCAGGUCGUAG